AACUAACUGCCUGUGCGAGGAGCGGUGCCCGGGGAGGGGGCGUGAAGAUUGGGGUGCCCGUUUUAGGGCCCCCCCCAAAAGCUGCGGGGUCGGAAGAGCGGCCAGCAGUCCCGGGGACAAGGGGGUGGGUGGGUUGAGAACAGCUUGGCUGCAAGGCCGGCCUGCCGCCCCUUCCCCCCACCCCCGUCGGGCCUGGUCGGCAGAAGUCCCCCGGCUCGCUCCUCAAGCCGACGCGAUGGCGACUGCUGUGGGGAUGGAGGCCUCUCCAGCGACGGAUGCGAGCUGGGAAGGCGGCGGCAGCGGCGGGGACGACGGCAUAAAGCAGGCGUUUCCGGAGCCGGAGUCUUCCCCACAAAAUGGCGGCGACGGCGUCCUCAGCAUCGCGGAGCCCGGCGGCGGCGGCGGCGGCACCGCGCCUGAGGAGACCGCGGCGGCCAAAGCCUCCGCGGGCCUCAGCCAUGCGCAGCUUCCGGACGCUUCCGAGGCGGGCGCGGCCGCCCUGCUCAAAGGCCCGGAAGAGCCGGAAAGGCCCGUUCGGAGGAGUUUUCAGAUUCCCAGGAAGAGCCGAGAAAAGAAAGCACUUUUCCAGCCAUUAACUCCAAGUUCCCGAGAAUUUGAAGAUGUUUUAAACAUUCUCCAUUCAUCUUACCUUGAACCAACCUCUGUAGCAAAUUUUAACUACAAACGUGCUUGUUUGAUACAUAAUGAACUCUUGGAAAAGGAGUUUACAGAAAAGCGAAGAGAAUUAAAGUUUGAUGGGCGCUUAGAUAAGGAACUUUCAGAAUCCUAUGCAUUUCUGAUGGUUGAUCGACAUCAGGUUCAGAGCAUAUGUGAAAAAGGAUUACAGGUGGGACAAUCCAAAAUAACAAUUCUUGGCAGUCCUUCCAUGGGUAUCUAUCUUUCUAGAUAUGCUGAUUUAUUACAAGCAAAUCCUUUGGAAGCUGGGGCAAUGGGUGAUGUUGUUAUUUUCAAAAUAAUGAAGGGUAAAAUAAAGAGUAUAUAUGAUCCCAUGGGAGUAAAAAGUUUGGAAUCUAUGUUAAAUAAAAAUACUCUGGACCCAACGCCAAAGCAUGAAUGUCACAUGUCGAAGAAUGCCAAUAGGAUUACAUCACUUUUGGCAUACAGAGCCUAUGAGCUUACUCAGUAUUAUUUUUAUGAGUAUGGCUUUGAUGAGCUAAGACGAAGACCAAGACAUGUGUGUCCAUAUGCAGUUGUGUCUUUCAAUUACAAAGAUGAUAUUCAAACUCCCAAGUUUAUCUCUUCAUCACGAUCUAAUAGCUUUAAUGCAGAUAGAAAUACAGAUAAAUUUAACUAUACCUUGUGGAAAGGACAACUUUUAAACAAAGGGAAGCUUUUGUGUUAUAUUUCUCUAAGGUCAGCUACCCGUGCUUUUCUGCCUAUCAAGUUGCCUGAGAAAUUAGAUGUUGAAACAGUUAUGAGUAUUGAUCAUCUGAAACAGAAAAUCCCUCCAUCACUCUUUUAUAAGGAUAUAUAUGUAGGCCCAAAUGAAGUUUUGAAAAAUGGCAUGUAUUGCAGCCUUUAUGAAGUUGUAGAGAAGACAAGAGUUGGAAGUAACAUGGAGAGUUUACUGCUAAAACUAGAGAAAGAAAAACUUGUUCUUGUCAAACUGCUGGGAGACCGAGGAUUCCUUUUUCUUCUUUCUCCUUGUCAGAUGAUUUCUCCAUAUGAAUAUCAGACUGUCAAGUCUCGAGCCCUACAUGCUUUGUUUCUGUUUCAAGAACCUAGAAGCAUAGUUCCUUCACAAAAAGGUUUCACCAGUACAGUACCACAGGAAAGGCAUGAAAGUGUAUCAGAUGUAUUAAAAAUAACUCAGUUUUUACAAUUUUCUUUGAUUCAGUGUCGAAAGGAAUUCAAAAAUAUAAAUAGUAUAAAUUUUCACUCUGUUGUUGAUAAAUAUGUAAGCGAAUUUUUUAAGCGAGGGUUCGGCUCAGGUAAACGAGAGUUUACCAUGUUUCCGUAUGAUUCACGAUUAGAUGAUAAAAAAUUCUUAUACUCCGCUCCAAAAAAUAAAUCCCACAUUGAUGAUUGCUUGCAUACCUAUAUUUUUCGGCCUGAGAUGUAUCAAUUACCUAUUUGUCAAUUAAAAGAGCUUUUUGAGGAAAAUAGGAGAUUUCAGCAGUUAAGUCCACUUUCAGAUUAUGAAGGCCAAGAAGAAGUGAAUGGUGCGAAAAUGAAAUUUAGAAAACGGAAUAACUCCAAAGGUGAGAUGAGCACAUCUGGAAAGCAGAAAUCAUCACAUUCAUUGGAUUAUGAUAAGGAUAGAGUCAAAGAAUUGAUUAACUUAAUUCAGUGUAGGAAAAAAAAUGUGGGUGGGGACUCAGAUACAGAAGAUAUGAAAAGCAAAGCUAUCUUGAAGAGGAAACUUGAGGAUCUGCCUGAAAAUAUGAGAAAACUUGCCAAGACCAGUGAUUUAUCUGAAAAUUGUCAUCUGUUUGAAGAGUCUCCACAGCUUGCUGGCUCUCUCAGUGGUGGCCUUGGGCAUGAUGCUGAUGUGAGAGGGCAGCAGCAGGGUACCUCUAACUCUGGCGUUGCCGACAUCCACAGGGUGUUUGAUUGGCUCUCAGAAACACUAGCAAAUGCACGGCAUUCUGAUACACCCCUGACGGACACAGUCAACAAAGCUUUAGGACUGAGCAUUGAGGGUGCAUCUGAAGAAACGAGGCAAAAGCAAGAACAAGAAUUGAAUAUUACCCAGGAUAAGAAAGAGUGUGAGCAGCCUACUUGUGCAAAAAUUGAAAAUGUACAUUUUAAGGAUUCUCAGAGCCCAUUACUAGAUGUUGAUACAUUAUCAUUAAAAUAUCCUAUUGCUGUUUCCACCAGUGAAGGAGACAUGGAUCACAAACUACAUUUGAAAGAAAUGAUGGAGAACACAUGUGGAACCCGCUUCGAAGAGUGCGACUCUGUGUGGAAAGUGAUGGAAAAGGAGGAGGAAAAGAAGAAACCACCUGGUUCUUUUGACCCUGAUACCAUCCCCGCCAUGGAAAUGGCAGCUGUAUCCAUUAGAAACAGCCCCCGCAAAGAGGAAAGAAAUGCCCGACGUUCAUCAGCUACCCUCCCUACUUGGGGACAGGUGAAACUGAUGAGCACGUGGGCCGAAAUUGCGUUAACAAACACUGACAAGCCAAUAACCCCAGAAAAUUUAUUUCUGACCAUGAUUACUGUUAUUCCUGCAGCUCCUGGGGAUCCAAAUUUAAUUAACAUGGACAAUUUUGAAGAUUGCAGUUUGUGUCCUUCUGAACAUGGAUUUGGUAGACAACCGUCUAAGUCAAACACUGUUGAAGAGCCUGAAAUACAUUGGAAACUGAUUCCUAUUACAGGAGGGAAUGCAAGAAGUCCAGAAGACCAGCUGGGGAAACAAGGUGAGAAACAAACACCAGGUAUGAAAUCACCAGAAGACCAACUGGUGUGUCUGCCACCGCAGGAGGCCUUCCCUAACGACCCCCGGGUAAUAAGUAGACAGAGAAGUUCUGAUUACCAGUUUCCAUCCUCUCCAUUUACAGACACACUAAAGGGCACCACUGAGGAGGACGUGUUGACAGGUCAGGUGGUGACGGUGGAGGAACAGUGUGAUCCAGCACCAGAACCACCCACACUGAGUGAAACCAUAGAGAGGACAGUGUUAGGAGAAUACAAUCUCUUUUCUAGGAAGAUAGAAGAGAUCCUAAAGGAAAAGAACGUUCCUUAUGUCAGUAAAGCGUCCACACCUAUCUUUUCAACCCAAGAGAAGAUUAAACGGCUUUCUGAAUUCAUAUAUUCUAAGACUUCCAGAGCUGGCGUGCAGGAGUUUGUUGAUGGCUUGCAUGAGAAACUAAAUAGUAUUAUUAUCAAAGCAUCAGCCAACGUUGAGAAUCUGCCACCUGCCAGUCCUAAUGAUUCUGGUACCAAGAAAGCAUUGAGUACUGUGGGAAGGCACUGCAUGCCAGUUUCCUCAAGUUAUUACAACAACAAAUGCCUCCCUGCAUCACUUUGUAGUGAUGCUUUGAAAGACACCAGCUCUCAUGAGCAGCCUUCCUCUUCAGCCUUGCAUGUAACUGCAGAAGAGAUGAACCAACCAUACCAUGCCACAGAACCAAUGGUGAUGUCUGAUCAUACCGUGCCUGGCAAUACUGCUCGGGAUCCCGUAGAAAAAGACACGACAAAAUCGCCUAGUGAUGUAAACAUUAAUGCUCCGCCAGCUCUUUCAAAUUUUAUAAGCCAGUUAGAACCUGAAGUGUUUAACAGUUUGGUUAAGAUAAUGAAAGAUGUCCAGAAAAACACUGUGAAAUUUUAUAUUCAUGAAGAUGAAGAAAGUGUGCUCUGUAAAGAAAUAAAGGAAUAUCUUAUCAAAUUAGGCAAUACAGAAUGUCAUCCAGAACAGUUUUUGGAAAGAAGAUCAGAAUUAGAUAAACUAUUGAUUAUUAUUCAAAAUGAAGACAUUGCAGGUUUCAUUCACAAGGUACCUGGUUUGGUGAUGCUCAAGAAGCUCCCGUGUGUUAGUUUUGCUGGUGUGGACAGCCUGGAUGAUGUAAAAAACCAUACGUACAACGAGUUAUUUGUGUCUGGAGGCUUUAUUGUAUCUGAUGAAUCCGUUCUAAAUCCAGACGUCAUCACAAUCGAGAACCUUAAAAUUUUUCUGACAUUCCUUGAAGAACUUAGUACUCCAGAAGGCAAAUGGCAAUGGAAAGUCCACUGUAAAUUUCAAAAAAAGUUAAAGGAAUUGGGAAGAUUGAAUACUAAGGCUCUAAGUUUGUUGACGCUUCUGAAUGUCUACCAGAAGAAACAUCUGGUUGAAAUUUUAUCGUACCACAUAUGUGACUCACAAACUCGAAAUGCUCCAGAACUGGAUUGCCUUAUUAGACUUCAGGCUCAGAACAUACAGCAACGGCACAUAGUCUUUUUAACAGAGAAGAACAUCAAGAUGUUUUCCAGUUAUGCAGAUAACGGAAUAGUGGUGGCAACUACGGAAGACUUUAUGCAAAACUUUAAAAGUCUUGUGGGCUACCACAACACCAACACAGAAGAAAACCAUCCGAUACUUGCUGCUACUGAGAAUCAUGAAUCACAGUCAGCUCUUUUAGAAAGCGCUGAAAAGGAUGAAGAGGAUAUGUCUCUGGAUUCAGGGGAUGAAAUCUCACAAAUAGAAGUAUGCAGCAAUUUUCAUUCAGAAAUAUUGGCGAAAGAAACCAAAGGAUCACGUGGAACAGAGCAAAAAAAGAAUGUUCAUACUGAGUUGCAGUCAUCUCCUGACAUGCACAAAAGUUUAUUAGAAGAUAAGACGUAUGAAAAUGAUUUUGAAGAGCAAGCUUCGGUUGAUAGAGUAUGCCCAGAAUCAGAUGAAAACAGCCAUUCAGCAGAACAAGACUUACAUAGCAACUUUCAAUUAAAUAUGUCCCAUCAGUUUAGUCAUUUUAAUGUUCUUACUCAUCAGACCUUUUUGGGGACACCAUAUGCCUCGAGAAAGUGAAAGUUACUUUUUAUCUGCUUAUGCUCAAAGCUUGGAUAGACAAAUCUCCAUUUAAGUUGGGAAAAAAAGGAUUCUUCAAGUUGUUUUCAAAGGAGAAUAGUAACUUAAAAUAUACAUAUAGUUGUGAAUUAACAAUUUAUAAUUCAUAAUCUAAACAAAGUUUCUUGUCUUUUGUCAAUUUUCCCCCUUAUUUAAAAUCAUGACGACAUGUAAGUUGAAGCAUCUGAAGAUUGAAAUAAAUAUAUAUAUUUUAACAUAUAUUGUUACUUGAAUUACAUGUUUGACACUUUGAGUUUUAUAUGUACAACCAUGGUCUUUACAGAAAGGGUGGUAAACAUCAGUGGCUGUACUUUUGAUGUCAGGUGAUAAACUACUUUUGCUGAAUUAUUUAUUUUGUCUGAUGAUUUUGUAUAGUUUUUUUUUUUUACAAAGGUGUUAAUAUUUAUAGGAUUUAUUGACUCAAUACCACCUUAGAAGAAUAUCAAGUUUAGCCAUGUAAAAUUGUUAAAAUUUCAAUCUCAUGUUUUUAAAAAAAGACUUGUUAGAGAUGUUAGACAUUAGCUAUAGAUUUUUAAACUGGUUGUCACAGAAAAAUGGAAGUCUAUUUUUGAUGGGAUUUUAAUAGUAUUCAUUACCAUUUAUUAAGCACAUAUAGAGUAGAUAUGUAUUCAAACUCACAUUUAUUGCUAAUUGCUUACUCAUGCUAAAUUGUAAAUAUGUUUUGAAUAGGAUUUAGAUAAAAUUUUCAUACAUGUCUAAAGGGAAUACAGGUUAGAAACCUCAGCCUGUAUCACGGUAAGUAGAAAGUUUUUAUAAACCUCUAAGGUUGCAAAAAGUUUUCUUAAAAAAUUAAAAAUACCAAACUUUUACAAAAGUGUCUGCUUUAUUAAAAAAGACAGCAUAUUUACUACAUAAUGUGCAUGUUUUUAAAAAAUAAGCAAAGGUUAAAGAUUUGGUGUUCUAUAUUUAAAAUGAAGAACCAAAAUUAUCUUCUUGAUUGGCAGCUAAAGGCAUGAGAUUAGUUUCUAAUUCCUUCUGCUUCUGAAGAAGCCCCUGAAAUCACAAUGUUAUGUUUGUUAGUAAAGGGGAGUACAAAAGCAGGCUUGCAAAGUAAUUCCUAACUUACAUUCCUAUCUUGUGAAUCUUGGCUGUAGUGUAAAAGCUUUUACUCAUUUGUCCUGUUGGGUUUUCAGCAACUCUUGGCACUGUUGUUUUCCCACUUAGCUAGGUAGCUGUUACCAAGUCUCCCUCCCUCUGGAGCGAGAUGUCAGUCCAUAAAAACAAGUGCUUGACUGCACUCAAACAUCAGUGGUUAACACAAGGAAGGUCCUGCUAAAGUAGGCCCUUCCUCACAAUUUUAUCUCCAGUUAAGCUAGGAUGUAGAUAUACUUUCUCACUUUCAGGAAAGAUAAUCAUGUCACAGUGGUUAAAAAUAGCUCUUGGCUGCUAAUGGAAUUGCUGGAACCUCCACAAGAGGAGAAUUGUACUCUGCCCUACACGGUGGCAAUGAAUCAAGACACUAUGGCAGCGAGUUUGGUUAUUACUGUGUGAGUUGACAUUACUUGAAUUAUAAUUUCAAAAAUUUCACUCAUUGAGGCAAUUCUAAUAGCCUAUAUAGGCUUUCUAGGGCUGUAAAUUGAACGGAACAAAAUAGUCUGCUGGUGAAUUUUAACUGCCACACUUGAAGCUAACAGCUUCAAAAACUUACCAGCACAGCUUUUUUUUAACAUUACUAUAGACUUAGGGUGGCUUUUUUUCUUUUUCAAAGGGCCUUACUGAUAAUGUUUUACCAUUUAAAUGUAUGUUUUUUUCAUUCAAUAAAAAUGUCUAUUUGAA